UUUAACUUUAAAAUUACGUACUACGUAAGAAUACUUAAUAGAGUAGUAGAGGCUUUAAGUAGAAGAUUUAAUUUACGUAAAAAAGGUUAUAAAGAACUAUAUAACGUCUUACUUAAGAUAAUACUUAAUAGUAGUCUAAGGUAUAACUAG